AUGAAGUUCAUCGAUGAAUUUGACAUUGAGCUUGUGAACCAGUUUCUCACAUUUGACACGAAUGACACACAUAUAGACGGUGGAUGCGACCUAUUUACGACGAAACCAGUGGGGUCCGAUCGCAAGCUGUACAAGACGAUAGAUAAACAUCUGGACCGUUUGCUCGAGGAAAACGAGAUUUUCGCGAAUUCCAAUCUCCAGAAUUCUCCACCCUCGCCUGCACAAUUCCGGGCGAGGAGGGCGUCUUCUUCUGCAAAAGCUCGGCCCGUUUUAUCUUCCCUAGACCGUCAACAGUCCAGCAAUGCCCUUUCGCGGUCAUACCAUUACUCGCCCUAUAUUUCGCCCAAGUCGCUGGACUCGAAGUCGCUCGGGUCAAAAUUCCCGGACGAGAGCAAAUACUGGGAGGACUCACCUUUUGGACCAUUGAGCGAGCCAAGCAGCCGGAAGACAUUCGCUUAUCUGAUAGCCAUUCUGAACGCGUCGUAUCCGGACCACGAUUUCUCGUAUGUACAGCCAGACAACUUCAAGGCGUUGUCCUCGAGCGCAGAGCUCAUCUCCAAGUUUAACAGCUUGCUUCUAUCGCUUGGAAGAUCCCAGGAUCUCAACUGGAUGUGGGAGACGAUCAACUCACAUAUGGACCUCGCGGACUGUGUGGUGUAUCUGUACGAGCCAGAAGAGUCUUUUCUAAAUGACCUGAGUCCGGGAACGCUGUGGUUUAUUACAUGGUUUGUGUAUAACAAGAAACGGAAGCGUGUGGCAUUUUUGAACCUACGGGCGUCGGUGUUGAAGAACAAUUAUACCCCUCGGAGAAACUCAAAGGUGAAUACUCUGGACGAAGAGGAAGGUGAGGACCUUCAGGAGUAUGACUUGAGAGACGGCUACGAGGAUGCAAUUAUGUCUGAUGACGAAGAAGACGAAGACGACGACGACAAGAUGGAGGACGACAUGUUUGAGAUGGACCAGGAAUAG